AUGUUUAAGAGCCUCAUCAUCAGCGGCCAACGGGUCGUCAGAACCACUCGCCACCAACCCUCUCCCGGUUUUCUGACACCAUUGCUAUCCCCAGCAACGCGGAUCCCGUUCACUACAACGUCCCGAUCUCAGAAUGCAGGCGACAAAUCCGAUUCAUCUCUCAAAGAUCGCGAGAAGCUAGAUCCCGAGCGAUCGGAGGGCACAAAGUCCGGCACCGAUAGUGAGGUCGCCCAUCAUGAAUCAGCCUAUGAUCCGCACAACACCGCACCUGAGAGCGAGAUGGAGGCUGUGGGAAAGGAAAAACAAAAACAUGGCAGGGACGGUAACCCUUUGGACAUGAGCGCUGCCAAUUCUGAUGUUAGUUCGUGGCGAGGACCAGAAGAGGAGGGACCUGUUCGAAAUGUUGAUAAGCCAACUCAUAGUGGGAAAGGAGUAACGCAGAAGAGUCGGUCGAUACAUGUUAAGGAGGACGGGUCUCAUGUUUCAUACCAAGACUGA